AUGUUGAAACAUCAGACAUGCCAAAUGGUCUUGGAAUAAACCAAUUAAACAUUAAUGUACACUUAGGAUGAUUCAAUACUUAUUUCAAGUUCUGAAUACAAUAUAAUAUCAUUUUGGUAUAUUGAAGAUAAUGUUAUAGAAUAUAGAAAACAGAUUUAAGAAAUUUAGAUCGACUUCAAUACUUUAUUUAUAAAUUUUUCUCCUAAUGGAUUUGACAUAGCAUUAGAAUUAUAAGGAGAUUUUAUACAAAUCUUAACAAAUGAUACAUCAAAAUUUUAUUCUUAGAAUUAGAAUUAAAAAGUAUAAUAUUUAUUAUAUUAUAGUACAUCGGUUCUUAUAAAUCAUAUCCAUAAUUGCAAUUAUUCUAGCCUUGA